GUUACCAUUAAUGGAGGAGAUUUCAGAAAAGAAAAAGCCUCGAUCUACAGAUUCUUCAAAAAUAGAUUACAGAGUGCGGCAAAGACUUUGGCAAGAUUUCAAUAAGUUUAUCUAUACCAAAUGGGAUAAAAUAUUCUUGACAGCUUGACUAUUUUCCCUUCCUAUGUGUUUUGCAAUAUUGAGGAGGAAGACAGGACUAUUCCGAAAAUUUGACACUACUGAUUACCUAAGAGCAUCAAUGAUUUCAUCAACAAUGAUCGAAAAUCAUAGAUAUUUACAUCUAAAUUUAAUAAAAUGAGCCAAUAUGGUCAAGACAUUCGAUAAAGUAUCUUAUAAAGAAAAGAAGGAAGUAAUAGAAACCUAUGUAGUAGCCCAGCCAAGGAGUCUCUUCCGCUUUAAAAAGGAAGAUCAAUCUUCAAGAAGCAUUACAUAUUAUCAGAAUAUUUGGGAGCAGGAUAGAGAAAUAGUUCGUAUAGAGCUUGCUGGCAUCAAACAUCCUUAUUUCGAGGAUACGAUUAACUAUCUAAAUUCAACUUGGUUCCCUAGCAAGACAAAAUAUGAAUGUCUAAUUCACUCUUAUGAUUACAAGGAAAAUAUUUUAAAAGUGUGGGCAUUCUAUCGCCCCUUCUUCAGUCUGAAUCGACAGUGACUAAACCUCAAAUUACUCAAAGAAGGAAAAGCCCUUAGUAAUCCCCUCAAAGAUGUUAAUCCAUUAAGUCAUGAAGAGAUUCAUGACUUGAUCGAAUCAUCCCAAAAACUGUCUCAUACAGCCAAAAUAGAUGAAGUUGGAGUCUGGGGGAAAUACAAAUCUUCUCUGAAGGAAGAAAGGGAAUAUGGAAAAACAGGAAGAGCCUUUAUGAAAGCAAAGAUUUACAGGUGGCUUGAAUCUAAAUUCAUCAGAUUUUAA